AUGCCGCCGAGGCUUCCUCUCAAGGGCUUUCUGGCCGCUGCCCGGUCUGCGCUGACAGCUCCCCCAGCGCAAAGAUCCAGCCCCCUCACGCUGGUCGUCGGCAAUGAGUCUGCAGACCUCGAUUCACUCUGCUCAGCCGUAGUCCUGGCAUACAUCCGCACCAAUUCACCCCCUCACACGCUACACAUUCCCCUCUCCAACAUCCCCCGGUCGGAGCUCGUCCUUCGCACCGAGAUGACUGCGGUUCUUCAACGAGCUGGACUCUCUCCCGCAGACAUCCUCACGCUUUCCGAACCUCCUGAUCUGAAACCGGAAGAGACGCAGUGGUUCCUGGUGGACCACAAUGCUUUGACGGGCCAGCUGCAGAAAUUUCAGUCUCGAGUCAUAGGUUGCAUCGACCACCACGUUGACGAAAACGUCACCAGUCCUGAUGUGAAACCGCGCAUCAUCGAGCCCUGCGGGAGCUGCAUGAGUCUCAUCAUUGACGAAUCCCGCACCGCCUGGGACUCCUUCCCGCCACUGGAAACAGGACAAGGAGUAGACGCAGAAGAUGCGGCCGCCGAGGAGGACGACAAACUGGCGACACUCGCGUUUGCGCCCAUCUUGAUCGACACGCUCGACCUGAAAGAAGAGCACAAGGUCAAGGAAAAGGACAUCCGUGCCGCAAAAUAUCUGCAUACAAAAGUGCGCCAGCAGCAAUUCCAGCAGACCAAGUUCUUCGAGGACAUCACCGCCGUAAAGGAGGACAUCUCGCAGCUCAGCUUCUACGACAUCUUCCGCAAGGACUACAAAGAAUGGGAAGAAGCAGGACUGAAGCUAGGCAUAAGCUGCGUUGUGCAAGACUUUGACUACCUGCUCGGAAAGGCAAAACAGCCCGACGACUUCAUUGACGAAUUGGCUCGAUGGGCAAAGGAGAGGAAGCUUGAUGUCGCAAGCGUUAUGACGACGUCGAACCCCGGCGGCGAGUUCCAGCGUCAUCUGCUCGUGUGGGGGAUCACGGACAAGGGGGUAGAGGCGGCGAAGAGGUUCCCUGGUAUGGCGGAGGGAUUGAAGCUUGAGCGGUGGAAGGAUGGGCUGUUGGAUGGGGAUGAUGGGAGGAGGAGGGUGUGGAGGCAGAGGGAUUUGGCGUCGAGUAGGAAGCAGGUUGCGCCGUUGCUGAGGGAGGCUUUGAAGGGGGUUGAUGGGACGUCUCAGUCACAGCUAUAG